AUGUCUCGUUACCUACGGCCCCCAAACACGUCUCUCUUCGUACGGAAUGUAGCGGACGAUAUCAGGUCUGAAGAUCUUCGCAGAGAAUUUGGUCGAUAUGGGCCUAUUGUUGAUGUAUAUGUCCCCCUUGAUUACUACACGCGACGUCCCAGGGGAUUUGCAUAUGUUCAAUUUGAAGAUGUCCGUGAUGCCGAGGAUGCUUUGCAUAACCUAGACAGGAGAUGGAUUUGUGGACGUCAGAUUGAAAUUCAGUUUGCACAGGGAGACAGGAAAACACCCACUCAAAUGAAAGCCAAGGAGGGGCGGAGCUCCUAUGGUUCUUCACGUUAUGAUGAUUAUGACAGACACAGGCGGUCUAGAAGCCGCAGUUAUGAGAGGCGAAGGUCCAGGAGUCGAUCUUAUGACCAGAACUAUGAGAGAUCCUACAGUCCUAGAGCACGGUCUGACAGACAACAGCGUAGCAGAAGCCGAUCACAUCAUGGCAGAUUUAAUCGACGACAACGAUCACAAUCAAGGUCUAACAGUAGGUCUCAGUCCAAAUCCCAGCCAAGAGAAGAAAGAAAAGAGAGGCAAUCUGGAUCUAGAUCGCAUUCCAGAUCUAAAGCAGAUGAAAAAUGCAGAACAAGUUCUAGAGUCAGCAGGGAGUCCAGAAGAGAGGACCAUGAAAGAUCUCCAUCCCACUCGGAGUCCAGAUCACGGUCAAAGUCAAGAUCUCGAUCUUGGAAUAGUCACAAAUCCAGUGGUCAUUAAUGCUUUUACCCCUGAGCAGAUUUAUCCAUGGAAAUGUGAAGUUUUUUUUUUUGUUUUUUUA